UUUUCUUUCUUCGCUCUUUCCCGCGGUCCCCCAAACUCGGAGCUCCUCGGCUCCACCGGUCUGGAGGUAGAGAAGUAGCCAGUGGGAGGAAAAGAGACAUCCACUACCCGUUUCCUCGAAAUUGGCUUACCCGGCUCUGCUUUUGACUUUGCCUUAGCAACGUCUUUAAGACAAAGUAAGAUCUGGGGGCAAAACAGGGAGGAAUGUUGGAAGCGCCUUUGGAUUCUUUCCUUGUGGACUUGAACGCUUUCAGUCCCUGCCCCGGGUGCACAUUCUCCCGCCCUUGUUUGCACUUCGCAGGCCGGGGCCUGGGUGGUGAUGGUGGCCGCGUGAAGUUGCCGAGACCGACAGAUACGGGAGAGGUCGCACGGCCUCUGGUACGAGGAGGGAAGUAGACGGAGGCGUGUCGCCCACCAGCGACUCCGGGGACGCCGGGCAGCGGUGCCAGGCAGCGCCGCAGGGCCUAGGGGGUCCCGGGAGGUGCUCCGAGGCGCGGGGCGGCUGCUGAGCGGCUGGACUGUUGAUGGCCUUCCUGGCCAGCCUCCUCGCCCUCGGGGCUGGGGUCCAGGGACUGAAUGCCCUUCUGGAAGCUCACCACCCCACCCACCCGCGUUGCUUCUGCCUGAAACUGGCCGAGGGCCCGAACCUGGACCGGAGUCGCGACUUCCCUCCGCCGGUGACGGCGCUGCCCGUAUCUGCGGCGUUUUGUCGCUCGGCUUUGGGCUCAGGACCACCGUGGGCAGAGGGGGAUGCCGGGGUGGUGGACUGCCACGAGGUUGAGGAAAGUAGGGGCCUUUUGGUUGGGGAAGAGCGUGGUGAGGAACCCACGGCCAGUGGAAGCCCAGGGGCAGUGCGGCCCGCACCGCAGAGGUCGGGGAAGCGCUUCGGGCAAGUGUUUCCUGGGCUCCCAGAAAAGGAAGGCAUCGACAGCAGGUUUCAGGCUUUUAAAGAAGCACCGGGGUGAGGAGGUAACGCUCCGCACGAGUCUGUCUCCUCCCUGGCUGCGGCCCGCUUGGUGGUGCCGGCUAGCUUGUGACCGUCCUCCUUGCUGCAGGCCAAGAACCGAGGCUCCAGCCCAGGUCAGCGAGAAGUGUCCUGGAAAGGGAAGGGGACAUUUGGGGGCCUGUAAUUCUCCCAUUCUCAAAACUAGAUCGGAAGAGGGCUGUUGGUUGAUCCUUGAAAGGAGAGCACAUUUCCUGUGAGCCUGCGAAUUUGGGGUGAACUGGGGCAAGUGAUCAGAAGAAGAGCGAAUACUCCCAGAUUCCGGCAGUCUCAGGAGCUGCUGGGCUUUCUCCACCGGCUGCAGGAUCCAGGAUCAAUUUCAGCAACCAGGUGUUUUGCAAAAGUAGCUAAUUUCUUGUUUUUCCAGAAAGGUAUGGAGGGGUAUUUUCUCCACCUUCUACUGUCCUAGUAAUCCAACCAAGGCCACGUAUCAGCCAUUUGAAAAGGCAGCGAAUGUGAUAAAUACAAAUAUUAGAUUUGUAACAUUUUUGGUAUUUACAUUUCAAAGUCUGCAAGUUGCUACCUGUAUGUAUACUGGAAGUUGGAUUACAAAAUUCUGAAUCUCCUUUCUUUUCCGUAGUUAUGAGAGGAAAAAAAAUUGUAUUAUCUUGGAGAACUAUAGGAGUUGAGUAUUACAGAAAAUACAUUGAAAUAGAUCAGCGACUUGAUUUAAAAAUUAAAAUACUGGAUCUUUUAUUAAGGCAAACCCAUAGUUCUCUAACUUUAUUUUCAAAAGGAAAAGCUGGUGACCUCAGGUCAGUUUUUUUGUUUUUCCUGACUAUUAUCUAACCAAACUUGCUGGAAUGAACUAUUCACCAAACCAAUAGUUUAUUGCAUAUUUUGAAAGCAAAUAAGCUUUUAGGAGUUACCAUGUGACUAUGUAACACAAUACUAUUAAUUCCAUUAUGAUUGCUAGUGAUGUUGCAAAAAUGGUGAAAAGUACUAUGUAGUAUGUAUUAAAGAUUCCAUUUCCAGUUUUUUACAAUAACAAAGAUGAUCAUUUAUUAUAGUACAUACAUCUGACAUACUUUCUUGUGUUACAUUAGAAAUCUGUAGUAAUAGUCAACUAUUAUUUAGAACUCUCCUUUUGCCUUUUCUGACACUUUUAUAAAAACCUGCUAUAAGUGCUUUACAAAUAUUAAUUUAUAAUCUUCACCCCUAAGCUUCAUGAUGACUCUACAAAAUAGGUACCUUUAAUAUUUGCAUUAUGCAGAGGAGGAAACUGAGGCACAGAGAGGCUAAGUAAUUUGUCUAAAGGUAUUCCUUUUUUAAGUGUCAGAGCCUGGAUUCAGUAUAGAGUUAAUAUCCUUGUAAGUCUGUUAUUGAAAUAAAAAAGAAACCGUUGUCAGGAGUAGUUGCCUCUUCUUCAAGAGAGAAAUGGAAGUGCGGUGGACAGCCUCAAGCCCUUGGAGCCCAACUGAUCCCAUCCCCUUCCCCCACCCCUUCUGAUUGUACUUUGAUCUUAGACAAGUUUCAAAAGUUUCCAGUGCUUCAGUUCCCUCUUGUAAAAUGAAGGGAGACACCUGUACUUAGCAGAGCUGUAGAGAAAAGGACCUAGAGGUAAUUCAGACAGCAGGUAAUUCAGAAAGUGGAGCUCUUAUUUUAUCAGAAAAGCUGCCUGAUAAUAUCAAAACGCAGGAUCCUAGGAAGCAUAUAAUCAAGUUCCACAAACUGCUCUUUCCCCAAGUGUCCACGUGGGUGUGAUGAUUCUGCCUGUGGGUUUGAUUCUACAUGAAGAACCCCUUCAGUGAACUAGAAUGGUCCACUGGAUUAUUCUGUAAAGCGACAUUGUACGUUCCUUUCACUUUUCUGGUUCUGACAUACAAUUUGGAAAACAUCUAAAUUAUAACUAUUUGCAAGAAACCUGUAGCUUAUCCAAUUUGACGUCCACAUUGUGUAGUGUAUGGAUGAAGUUUCUCAACCCUCCAUGAGACUUAGCAGACACCACUGUUCGCUUAUAAACAUUUGGACUCUACUUCUAUAUAUAUAUUUUAAGAUUACAAACAAAACUUUGUUAGGUCACUGUUUGGUAAAAACUUUGUCCUUGUGCCCCCAAGGACAAUAUAAAGUUCUUUCUAGGCCAAGAAUGCCUGGGGAGAGAUGGGGAGAACAGAGGAGAUGAGAGAUUUGUUGGAUCCCAGGCACGCUGCAUUAACCCCAAACUUUUGGACUUAGAUUGUGCCAAAAAUAUGCUUGCAGAAUAAGGUAACAUUAAAGACCUCUGGGACAAGCAAUACAAAAUUAAUUGACCAAGAUCACAACCAGUAAACUUCAUGCCCAAGACCCGGGAAGCCCCUGGGAAGCCCCUGGUCCCCGGGGCGCUCCUCCCCAUGCUUGCCUGGGACUCCUGAUCCAACGCCUGCACAAAACAAAGGCCGCUUCCCAGCACCGCACUGCGGGGCCUCCCCAGCUGCACCCCCAAACCCCCGUGGUGACUUCGUUUGCAGCGUGGAUGAAGCAACCAGGCAGGUGGAGAGUGGGUUCUGAAAGUUCUGGAAUGAACCGGUGUCUCUUUUUGUCGUUCCUC